AGCACUGUGUCAGACACGGUCUCGUCCUCGCUGUUCUUCGUCCUGUUUCACUCAGAGGUGGAUGCACUUGCCCAAGGCUGCACAGCCCUGAAGGGGGGGCCGCCGCCGUCGGUCUGCAGGAGCCCCGCUCAUUCCCCUGGGCCUGCUCCCCCUCUGCUCCGGGAGCCAGGGCCCAGCCAAGUGCCCACGGGCAGGUGGGGCGGGCAUGCGCUGGGAACCACGCAGAGGGCGGGACAGGCACGCGCAGGCCCUGGGAAUGAGCUCCUGGCUGGGAUGACAGGGCGGAUCCGUGGGCCCCACUGGCCCUAAUGCCAGGGCAAAUAGGGCAAUUAGGAGGUAGCUUUUGUUUGGUGGGGCCUGCGUGCUGGGCUUGGAGCCGCGAGUGGCCGGCGGCCCGGUCCCCAGUCACAUGGCUGCCCUCGGCCCUGGUCUCUUCGUGGGGAUGAGGUCACAGCCCCGUGGAACGUGACUGCAUGCGGCAGGACAAUGACACUUUGUUUCUUCUCCUGGCUCCGGAGAUGGUGGCCGGAGAUGGUGGCCGUUUCUUCCUGUAUAGGAUGGACAUGUCUCAUCUGGCUGACAAGGCGCUUGCACAGCACCUGGCACAGAGGAGGCUCUGGCAACGUAAGGAGCCCGCGGCCGCCGUGUCGGAAGCAGCAGAGCAAAGAUCUGAGCCCAGGUCCACGGUCGUUACCCCGUUGCCACCUCCCCAGCUGAUGGGUCUCGGAAACGCCCGGACUCGAGUGGCCAGGACUGCGCGGGGCCGUCAUGAAGGACUUCUUACUGUCCCAGGGGCCCAACGUGGCACAUCCGUUCCAGAAGGGUUUCCGGGGGCGAGGCGCAUCUGGCCUGCACUUGCACAGCCUGAGACCGUCCCCGGGGCCCGCCACCGCCCUCUGGCUCACGGGAUGCAGGGCCGGCGUCCAGGGCAGGUGAUAGGAGUCCUCGGGAGCCGGGGCACAGGCCUGAGUCCCAGCGGACCAAGGGAAGGAGCAGCGGGCCCCAGGGCGGGUGGAAUCGUCAGGGCAGUGAGCCAAGUCCUGGGAUUCCGAGGUGGACGAGGCCGCCCCUGCCGGUAACGCGGGUGACGGGGAGAGAGACCCUCAUGUUAAAAUCCUCCGAAACCCAAACCGUAGUGAUCCAUGAGUCACCUCAUGUGAGCUCUGACGGGCCAUCCGGCCACAGUGGGGCAGGCACCCUCCCCGGGAGCUGCGGGCUGCCCCGAGAUGUGAGGUGCGUGUGCUGCUUUGGGGUAAAGUCCUGGCUCCCGUGGUCCCAUGGCCCCAGCUCCCGAGUGAGCUUGGGGGGCCGCCGUCCCGAGCCUCCUGGGCGGCCACCAAGGUCUCCCGGCCUCGGCCCUCUGCUCUGGGAACCUGCCAUCUCUCACCUGCCCCGCCUGCCCGUCCGUGGCCUCAUGCGGCCUCGUUCCCCCAUUUUACAGGUGAGCAAACUGAGGCCCAGGUCAGGGGUGAUAGAGGGACCUUGAGGGCAGGGCUCAGCAAGUGGCUUUCAGAGUCUGGCCGGUGCCUCUUUCUUUGCUUCACAGCCUUCAGUUGCCUUUCGGUUCUCUUUCGUCCGCCCCACACGGGCCCCUUUCCCUCCAGCCGUGGCAUUUUGCGGAGCUCGGGUCCGUGGCCUUGGAGGCUGCUCCAGCCUGGGUGUUGGGUGCACCAGGGAAUGUCAUUUAGCUGCUGCCUGUAACCGCGUGUGUCCUGCAAACGGGAAGGCAGCUCUGACGGCCUGAUUGGGGGGGAGGCGCUCAUUACAACUUGCCGGCUGAGCGCAGGCGUGGGGGGAGCACCAGGUCCACCCCGAGGCGGGGCCGGGCGCCCUGAGACCUCGGGGCCUGCUGAACCCCCCGGCCGCCCCUUCCCAAGGCGGCGGCGAGGCUGCUGGGGACCGCGGGGCUGCCUCCCACAGACCCCCCACCCCGUCUCCACGGUGACAUCUCCUUCGGGAGCACCUGCCAGCCCAGGCACCGUAAAACCUGCUCGGAGACGUGCUCCCCGCCGCCCCCGCUCAGCCGUCCCUGCACCUCGUCCUCAGGAGAGCCUGGCUGCCAAAACCUGACAGUUCCUGGCUCCUGACCCCCGGCAGACAGGGCUCGGGCCCCGAGACGGCCCCUGUGUCUGCGGAAGGCCUCAGGACGGCGGGAGGGCCGGGAGCUGUGACGGAAGCACCUGACACAUGUCGCCCUGCCUUCCUCUGCGGUCGGGGGGCAGCCCGCUCUUCCUGCCCCACCGCCAGGACAGGCUGCCCAUCACUCCCAGGGCAGCGGGUGCCCGGCCCCGAGGCAGUGACAUCACCUGCUCUUGGGCGAGCUUCGUCUGCCAGGGCGGGGCCCCCACCAGGAAGAGGCUGGCACGUGUCUGGGCACCUGAGCCAGGCGGGUGGAGGGGGGGGGAACAGGGAGGCAGCCACGCAGUCAGGAUCCUGAGGUCCCUGUGUCUUGAGUUUCCCAGCCUGCCCUGGCGCGGCCCAUGGUCCUCUCCUGAUGGCCUGGGGCAGGAAUUCUCACCUGUGACUCUGCCUCCAAAAGAGUUAGGGCAGCUGAGUGUCAGGAGAUGGAGGAAGCAGAGAAUUCACUGGGUGCACACUUCUAGACCCAGGGUGGGGAUGGAGGGGGGUCAGGCAGGUGCCCCCCAAAGGCAGUGGGGCUGCAGGCCUGUGAGGAGACAGCUGUACCCAUAGAGACCUUUCUGUUCCUCCAAAAAACCAAACCCUUUUCCAACCCCAGGGCCUUUGCUUGGAUGAAUCCCCUUCCCGAGUCUCAGGGACCACUUCACGGCCCCUGGGGCUGGAUCAUGGGGCACCCCCUGACAGGGGCCUUCCCCAGGGACUCAUCCAGUGCUGCCCCCACCCCGUCUACCCCAUCGCCCUGUCUCUGUGGCAUGUGUCCCAUCCUGAAGUGCCGUCUGGCUGUGUCUUGGUCACAGCUCUCUGGCUCGGGUGUAAUUACAGUUAAGCAUCAGCUCCUGGGUACCUGCGACCCCGAGGCAAGAUCACAAUCCUGUUCUCUCUGUACUCUUGGCAUUAACCUGGGGACACCUGAGGAUGCUUCUCCCCCCAGCCUCCCCGCUAGUUUGGCCUUUACAAGGAUGAGCACCCAAGGGAAACUGAGGCAGCUCUCAACUCAUUUUCGUCCGCAGCCCCAUCUUCUGGACCCGAGCUGGACCCUACCUGUUCACAGGUGCCUUCCUGAGUAUCCCUGGGACACUCAGGUGUUGGCCUGAGCGGGCCCGAGUGCCCAGCUGGCGCCCUGUCUCCCAGGGCCCAUCUGCGCCGUCUGAGUGCUGAGUGAGCUUAAUAAGGAGGAGGGAGGGGAGCCAGGAACGGCCAGCGGGAGGCCCCGAGCUCCCCCCAGUCCGUGGUUUUCACACCUUAUUCUUUUCCAGCCAAACUGUAAAUAGGGCCCCACCCGCCUCAACUCACCCUCACCCCAUAUAUGAAGAGAAGCCCAAGGUCUAGCUCUGGGGACAUAGUCCCGGUGGGAGCUGGAGUCCUACUUGCCGGGCAAGCCCCACCCCCAAGGGGGCCACGGCCGCAUGCAGGACACAAUACCUACCACUGAUCAGAGAGAACAGUCUUGGGGCCCUUGGGUGGCUCAGCGGUGGAGCGUCUGCCUCCAGCUCAGGGUGUGAUCCUGGGGUCCCGGGAUCAGGUCCCGCAUCGAGCUCCCGCACGGAGCCUGCUUCUCCC